AUGGAUUCUGUCAAUUCUACCAACUCUAUUGUUCUAAAUCCUUCAGAUGAUUCUUCUAGCCCGUAUUAUCUUCAUCCAAGUGAUAAUCAUGGUGCCCUUUUAGUCUUAGAAAUAUUCAAUGGAGAUAACUAUGUAGCUUGGAGCUGCUUAAUCACCAUAGCCUUGACUGUCAAGAACAAGGUUGCUUUUAUUGAUGGUUCGAUUACUUCUCCCUCAACUUCUCAACUUGUUUCUCAUAUAACUUGGUUACGUGCCACUAAUCUGGUACUUUCUUGGUUGAUGAAUUCUAUUUCUAAAGAUAUUAGGAAUAACCUACUAUAUGUUGUCUCGACUGCUGAUCUUUGGAAUGAGCUAAAGACCAGAUAUCUAAGAAGUGAUGGACCAAGAGUUUUUCACCUUGAAAUAUCUCUAAGCUACAUAAAUCAAGGUUCUUUAUCUGUCACUGAAUAUUUCAAUGCUUUUAAAACCCUUUGGGAUGAAUAUGUUAGCUAUAGACCAUUUUCAAUAUGCACCUGUGGAAAUAUGUCAACCUGCACUUGUGACCUUUUCAAUUUCUUGUUACUUCGGCAACAAUCUGAUUAUGUUUUAAAGUUUCUUGUUGGGCUAAAUGAUUCAUAUGCCUCUGUUAGGAGUCAAUUACUCCUUGUUGUUCCAUUGCCUAGCAUGGCCAAAGUCUUUUCAUUUCUGCUCCAAGAAGAGAGUCAAAGACAACUCAGAAAUUCUGCAUGUAAUGAAACUCAUGCUUUAAUGGCCAAGCAGUUCAAUCAGCCAACUAUUCAACCCAAGUUCUUGAAAGACAAGCUAAAGAAGUCUUCUUUGCAUUGUACUUACUGUGGAUAUAAUGGACAUAGAGUUGAUAGGUGUUUUCAACUUCAUGGAUACUCUCCUAGAUGGAUUGGAUCAAAAGGAAAAUGA